CACGCUCAAAACCCACCCCGGAAUUGAGUAAUUGAAAGGCAGAUGGAAGGCGACGGAUUCCCCACGGACUGUGGCGUGGCGAGCAACUCGAAAGCUCCCGGCCCCAAGACUGGCUGUGAGCCCGAAGGCGGUCCAGACUUUUUGGCCAUGUUCGGCGAGUAGUACGCUAUGUCACGCGGACAAAGAUAGGAUCAUUCAACUGGAAUGUUGGGCUUGGAAAAACAGGAGCAAAGUCUAUGUGAGCAGCAUUCCUGUGCCGCUUCGUUCGUGGCCGUCAAGGUGGCAAUGCGCUGGAAGAACGGACGUCGAGGCCGUUUGGCGUUCGUUGUAUGGCAGCAUGGUCAUCCGUCUGAUGAGGCUCUAUUCUUUUUUUCAUCACGGGAAUUGGGGGUGCUAAAGAAAGAAGUCACUCUCUUCGUCGUUACGGGUUCUGGUUGUCGUCGUUUCCGGAGCCGUAGGCGGCUUGUCUGUUCAUCAUUGCGCAUUCACAUGGAAAGGUCAGGGUGGGUAUCCGCAGCUACCGAACACAGUGGCAAUCCAUUGUCAGCCGUUGCUCACUUUCGGCCAGCCACUGCAACGCUUUACGGAGGCCCGAUGCCUUGGGGUACACCACGACGCACUUCGCAGCUGUUGUGGCCAUCGAUGACGACAGUCACUGCCUGCAAGCGACUCCCUUGCCGUCCCAAUCCUUGAAGACAGAAUAACCCACCUUCUGCAGCAACCGACGUGACUCCUAGAGUAUAAGAGUAAGAGUAUAGGACACAGAUACUGGCAAAGAUGGCAGUCACCGCCUCUGCAAGCGACCAAUCGUCGCCCGCAAAGGCAACACUUGAAAUCAAAGCUGGCGGUGCAACAAUCCGACCGAAGCGCAAGGGCAAAGCGAGCGCCUUGCUCCGCGACUAUUAUGGACUGGGAGGCGGCUUGAGCACUGCAAAUGAAGAUCCC